UAAAAUACCAUGUGUUAAUAUUAUUACUGUGUUUUAUAUUCAGAUUUUCUAAACAUCCAGUCGUGGCCUAAAGAGCUGAAUGAUCUGUCUGUUUUUUCGAGUCUCACCACCAUUCAAGGGCGGUCGCUCAUUAAGCCUUUCUCUCUGAUGGUGAUACACAUCCCCACUCUGACCUCACUGGGUCUGCGCUCACUCCGCAAGAUCAGUGAUGGCAGCGUGUACAUCAAUCAGAACGUCAACCUCUGUUACCACCACACUGUAAACUGGACACAGCUGUUCAGGAGCCCCAAAGUUCGAGCUGACAACAUCAACAACAACAAGCCACUGGCCGAGUGUGUUGCAGAAGGACACGUGUGUGACCCGUUGUGUUCAGACUCAGGUUGCUGGGGCCCGGGGCCCGACCAGUGUCUCUCCUGUAGGGACUACAGCCGAGAUGGCACAUGUGUGGGCAGCUGUAAUUUUUUCACAGGAGCUACAAGGGAAUUUGCAGGCCCUGAUGGUGAGUGUGUGGCCUGUCACCCGGAAUGUAAGCCUCAGCAUGGGAAAGACAGCUGUACUGGACCGGGUGCAGAUGAGUGUGCGGGAUGCGCCAACCUUCGAGAUGGUCCUUACUGCAUGUCCUCUUGUCCCACUGGAGUAAAUGAUGGACAGAGGGGACUGAUCUUUAAAUACCCCAACAGGGAGGGUCACUGUGAACCAUGUCACCAUAACUGUACACAGGGAUGUUCAGGCCCAGGAUUAAAUGACUGUUUGGAGACUGGUAGACUGGCAGUUAGCAGUGGUCAGAUCACAAACAUAGCAUUGGCUGUUCCGGCCGGCUUGAUUUUUUGCCUGGUGUUGUUUUUCCUGGGUGUGCUUUACCACCGAGGGCUGGCCAUCCGUCGCAAGAGAGCCAUGCGGAGGUACCUGGAGAGUGGAGAGAGCUUUGAACCUCUGGGUCCUGGAGAAAAAGGCACCAAGGUUCAUGCUCGUAUUUUGAGGCCCUCAGAACUAAAAAAAAUCAAAGCCCUUGGCUCAGGAGUUUUUGGAAAAGUGAAUAAGGGAUUUUGGACUCCAGAGGGAGAGACGGUAAAGAUCCCAGUGGCCAUUAAGACCAUCCAGGACAGCUCAGGGCGACAGACCUUCACUGAGAUCACUGAUCACAUGCUAUCAAUGGGCAGCCUGGACCACCCCUACAUCGUCAGGCUGCUGGGCAUCUGUCCAGGGGCCAGUCUGCAGCUGGUUACCCAGCUCAUUCCACAGGGGUCCUUACUGGAGCACAUCAGGCAACACAAGAACAGCCUGGACCCUCAGCGCCUGCUCAACUGGUGUGUGCAGAUAGCUAAAGGUAUGUACUAUCUGGAGGAACACUGCAUCAUCCACAGGAACCUGGCUGCCCGCAACAUCCUGCUGAAGAAUGAUUACCAGGUCCAGAUCUCUGACUACGGUGUAGCUGACCUCCUUUAUCCUGAUGACAAGAAAUACGUCUACACCGACACCAAGACGCCCAUAAAAUGGAUGGCUCUUGAAAGUAUUUUGUUCCAGAGAUACACUCACCAAAGUGAUGUUUGGAGUUAUGGGGUGACGGUGUGGGAGAUGAUGUCAUUUGGAGCAGAGCCGUAUGCCUCCGUGCAGCCUCAGGAGGUGCCGAGUCUGCUGGAGAAAGGCGAACGUCUGUCCCAGCCGCACAUCUGUACCAUAGACGUCUACAUGGUCAUGGUCAAAUGUUGGAUGAUUGAUGAAAACAUAAGGCCGACCUUCAAAGAGCUGGCCAGUGAUUUUACUCGUAUGGCAAGAGACCCUCCUAGAUUCCUCGUCAUCAAGAUGGAAGGAGGAGAAGCAGACUCGGCAGAAAUCCAUCGCAGAGAAUCAGAGCGAGGGCUUCUGGGUGCAGAUUUGGAAGACCACGAUGAGGCAGGAUUGGAGGACGGUCUGGCUACGCCUCCUCUUCAGCACUCUCCAUCUUGGAGUCUGUCCCGUUCACGGAUUAAUUCUUACAGGAGUGGCACGUCUCAGGCCGGACCUAUUGGAUACCUGCCAAUGACCCCCAGCCCUGUGGACAGCUUCCGCCAGCUGUGGUUCCAGAGGUCUCGGCUGAGCUCUGUGCGGACGCUGCCUGACAGGUCAGAGGUCAGGGGGAGCAGCAGAGAAGCAGAGCAGCGUGAGGAAGGUUUGCACAGUGGGAGUUUUCACAGGUCCCGGUUUGGAUCGGAGAGGGGAAACACUCGUAUAUCCAUCGGCCGGCACAGGAAGCUUUCAACCGCAUCAAGUCCGUCCUCAUACAAGGUGUGGACGGCUGAGGAGGAGGAAGAGGUGGACCACUAUGGCUACAUCCUGCCUGGCUCACCUGGCACUCCAGAGAGAGUCCCUAGAUUCUCUCAUUCUGGCCAAAGAAACUUAAAACUGAAGAAUAAUCUGUCUCUCGUGGUGAUAAAUCCUUCCCAGGAGUAUGAAAUCAUGAGCAAAGAGUCUCCUCCUUGUUUAACCAGAGGUGUCUCAUCUCAGACAGCUUCCCCUUCAGAGGCAGUUUGCAGUAAAGCCUCCCCUUUACCUUCUCCGACCCUCAUGGCUUCAUUACCUGCAGAGCACACAGCAGAUGUGGAAACACUGACACCAUUAACAGGUGUGAGGAGAAAGCAAGGAGAUAAGGAUUAUGAGGGAACUUUAAUAGAGCAAAGGGACUCCACAGAGACAAAUCAGCUAUCUGGGGACACUGAGAGACGGAUCAGAGCUGCAGAGGACCAUAAAGAGGCAGCCAAAGUGAGAGGCAGGUAUGAAUACAUGGAUAUCAGGCGUUCUGACUCCACAGAGGUUGAGGAUUCAGGCUGUGAGAGACGUGGGAGUCAAACAUCUGCAGAGAAGGCCGCAGUGGCACAGGAAACAGACCAAAUGGCGGAGGUGUUGAAAACAGAGCACGAAGAGGAAGCGGAAGAGGAGAGGUGCCACGACACAAACAAACAACCCACGCAUCAGGAGAAUCUGAGCGGUGUGGUCGAGCCCACGCCAGAUGUGCUCACAGCUGGAGGAGAAGAGGUGGAGGAGUACGAGGAGAUGACUACAUUUGGAGUGGUGCCCAGAGGGUGGGAGCAGGCAGACUACCAGAACCUCCCAGUGAAGGGGAGAGCUGUUUCUGAGGAGGUGGGCAGCAGCAGGUGUGCAGGGAUCGGGGGAUACAUCAAGGUGUGCGCCGGCAUGGGGGAGCCUGGCAGCAACACAUCAUUUGACAACCCAGACUACUGGCACAGCAGACUCUUCCUCAAACCAGAUGCUGUACGCACCUAAUAACAUGAACUGCAGAAACACUUACUCUCAUAAAUCUUGGUACCUUUGUAAUAUUUUACUGGUUUUUUUUUAUCUGAGUCUCACAUCCAAGAAGCUUUGAAAAAUAAAAAUAACAAAAGAAAUACAAAAUGUAUUUUCAUUUCACAAGAUUAUGGUGCAGUAAAUAAAUGUGAACUGGUACAAAACAAGAAAAAAAAGGUUAUGUUACAAGUUGUGUAGUUUGUAUCAGUAAGAUUUAUGAUAAAUAUUAUUAUUUUUACAAGUAGCCAGUCAUUUGUGUUAUUGAUUUGUGUAGAGCAGACUUUUUUUUUUACAUUACAUUUUCUUGCAAUAUUUUUCAAAUGAAUAAAACAAUGAAAUUUCAUUUCGUCUUGAAAAUGCUCGUUUGUUUUAUAUCCUAUUUUUAUUCCACCGUAAACCAUUAAAAACAGACAAACAUGCGUUUCUCCAACUUGAAGUCAUUGAACGCGACACCGAACAGCAGCAGUAGAAAAUGGGGCGAAGGCACGUGAACGCAUCAGUGACGCACUCGUCUCCGACUUGGUCAAAGGUAGAAUCAAAGAUGAUGAGAGAAGCGAGAGGAUUUAUUGCGUCGUUUUUCCGUUUUCGUUAAAACCCAGCUAACGGUCUACUGGUGGGUUCACUAACGCAUUAAGCAAAGUCCUUUUGAAAGAUCCUUUACACUUCACACAAUAAAGUAAUGCACAUUCUGUAAACCUAAUUAUUAAUGCAUUGAUAAUAUUGUACAUUUCAAUUUAACAAAUCGCUCCUAGACUUUACUAUUUCUAUA